AUGAAAUAUCAGCGAGAAAUUCUACCCUCAGGCCCAUCAGUAGCCAGCAGCGUCUCAUCAGGACGGGACUUGACCCCGCAAUCCGUCACCAGAGCCGCCUCAAGUGCGCCUAGACGGCAUCCCCUGACAAAGAUUGCUUGCACCUUUUGUCGGAGGAGGAAAUCAAAGUGCAAUGGCCACUGUCCUGUGUGCUCCAUGUGCGCCAGCAUGGGCUGUGCAAUGUGUAAGUAUGAUGGCGGUCCAGACGUUACUCGCUUUGCCGCCCUCAAAACCAAGCAUGAGGAACUGCAGCACCGCAUUACCCUCUUUGAAGAAUUCUUCCACCUGCUGUCGAUGCGCUCUGAGGCUGAGUCCGUCGAAAUCAUCGGCCGCAUGCGCAUCGCCAACAUUGAAACGGACCUCGAAGACCUCGUCAAGUUCAUCAAGAACGCCGACUUGUUGGUGCAAAUGGCCUCCGCCCAGUCGGACCAGACACCUCCGGCCUCAGGAGAGCCAAGUGUUGACACGCAACUCCCAAUUGUGCCCCUGGACUAUGUGUCCUUACUCCUUGAGCUCUUAAAACCGGCCGUUUCCAAACUCGACGCCUCGGCCCAGACUGCUUUACUCGACAUGAUUAGACAUGUAUUAGAUGCCUUCGCCUCACGCGAAGGCAGUCGAUCAGGCUUCGCGGAAACAGUAAAACCGGACGGAGAGGCACACGACACGGAGAGGCACACGCAGAGAUGA